AUGAUGCACGAAGUCAAUCCUUUUGUUGACUUAUUUAAAACCAUGGAGGAGCUAUCAGUUGGGCAACCUGGAGGAAUUCAAAAUAUACGAAUGAUAUUUCGUUCAGAGGAUUCUCCUGAUCCAAGAAGGUACAAUAGACCUAAAGUUCCAGAAAUUGGUGUACUAUUGUUUGAUGGCGACGAUGAAUGCAGCAACGAACAGCCAAAAAAUUGUGAUAUCGUCUUAAGAUUGAAAGGCUCUGGUGAUAACCUAACAAGGGUUAAUGAAUCUAAUCAAUUCUUUGAUCCUCUUCAAUACGUUUUGAUGUUUCCAUUUGGCGAUCCUGGGUGGCACAUCAAAGUGAAAGGCUUUGAUCACGCUGAAACCGAAAUCGACAUUGCAUCUGAUAGCAAUAAUGAUGAUGAGGACAAAACCAUCACCAUCAUGUAA